GGAUGAGCUUCCGCUUCCGGGGCGUCCUCCAUUUUCGUGUCGAUGCACAUGGUGCCGGUCCGGUCCCGCUCCGCUGCCCUCCCGGUUCCCUGGUUUUGAGAAGCCGAUCUCGGACUGCUGUUAAAUGCACGACACGGUGGACAUGGUGGACGACCCCGAUUACGACGAGGAGGAGCCCUCCUUCAGCGACCCGGAGGACUUUGUGGACGACGUCGACGAUGAGGAGCUUCUGGGGAACAUCCUGAGGGAGAGACCGCAGGAGGCGGACGGCAUCGACUCGGUGGUGGUGGUGGACAACGUUCCUCAGGUGGGGCCGGAGCGUCUGGAGAAACUGAAGAACGUCAUCCACAAGAUCUUCUCCAAGUUCGGCAAGAUCACCACCGAGUUCUACCCGGAGACGGAGGGCACCACCAAGGGGUACAUCUUCCUGGAGUACGCCUCGCCCACGCAGGCGCUGGAGGCCGUGAAACACGCCGACGGACACAAGCUGGACAAGCAGCACACGUUCAGGGUCAACCUCUUCACCGACUUCGACAAGUACAUGAACAUCAGUGACGAGUGGGAGACGCCAGAGAAGCAGCCGUUCAAGGACUUUGGAAACAUGCGGCACUGGAUCGAGGACCCGGACUGCCGUGACCAGUACAGCGUCAUCUACGAGGCCGGCGAGCGGACGGCCAUUUUUUCCAACGACGCCAAGGAACCGGUGGUGGCGGAAGAGAGAGCGCGCUGGACGGAGACGUACGUGCGCUGGUCUCCCAAGGGCACCUACCUGGCCACCUUCCACCAGCGUGGCAUUGCCCUGUGGGGCGGCGAGAAGUUCAAGCAGAUCCAGCGGUUCAGCCACCAGGGGGUGUCGCUCAUCGACUUCUCACCGUGUGAGAGGUACGUGGUCACCUUCAGCCCCCUGAUGGACACCAAGGAAGACCCUCAGGCCAUCAUCAUCUGGGACAUCCUGACGGGCCAGAAGAAGAGAGGCUUCCACUGCGAGAGCUCGGCGCACUGGCCCAUCUUCAAGUGGAGCCACGACGGCAAGUUCUUCGCCCGGAUGACGCCGGACACGCUGAGCAUCUACGAAACUCCGUCCAUGGGCCUGCUGGACAAGAAGAGUCUGAAGAUCAGCGGCAUCAAGGACUUCUCCUGGUCGCCCGGAGACAACAUCAUUGCCUUCUGGGUCCCGGAGGACAAAGACAUCCCUGCCCGAGUCACGCUGAUGCAGCUGCCCUCGCGCCAGGAGAUCCGAGUCCGGAAUCUCUUCAACGUGGUGGACUGCAAGCUGCACUGGCAGAGGAACGGGGACUACCUGUGCGUGAAGGUGGACCGGACCCCGAAAGGAACGCAGGGCGUCGUCACCAACUUCGAAAUCUUCCGCAUGAGAGAGAAGCAGGUUCCUGUGGACGUGGUGGAGAUGAAGGAGAGCAUCAUCGCCUUCGCCUGGGAGCCCAACGGCAGCAAGUUUGCGGUGCUGCAUGGUGAAGCUCCGAGGAUCAACGCCUCCUUCUACCACGUGAGGAACAACGGCAAGAUCGAGUUCAUAAAGAUGUUCGACAAGCAGCAGGCCAACAGCAUCUUCUGGAGUCCUCAGGGUCAGUUCAUGGUCCUCGCCGGGCUCCGAAGCAUGAACGGGGCUCUGGCCUUCGUGGACACGUCAGACUGCACCAUGAUGAACAUCGCCGAGCACUACAUGGCCUCCGACGUGGAGUGGGAUCCCACCGGCCGCUACGUGGUCACCUCCGUCUCCUGGUGGAGCCACAAGGUGGACAACGCCUACUGGCUGUGGACCUUCCAGGGUCGCCUGCUGCAGAAGAACAACAAGGACCGUUUCUGCCAGCUGCUGUGGAGACCCCGCCCCCCGAGUCUGCUGAGCUCGGAGCAGAUCAAGAUGAUCAAGAAGGACCUGAAGAAGUACUCCAAGAUCUUUGAGCAGAAGGACCGGCUCAGCCAGUCCAAGGCUUCGAAGGAGCUGGUGGACAAGCGGCGCUCCAUGAUGGAGGAGUACCGCCGCUACAGGGAGCAGGCCAUGCAGAUCUACCAGGAGAAGAAGAGCAUUCGCCUGGAGCUGCGAGGAGGUGUGGACACCGACGAGCUGGACAGCAACGUGGACGACUGGGAGGAGGAGACUAUCGAGUUUUUUAUCAACGAAGAAAUCAUUGCCCUCGGAGAUCUCUAGUCCGCUCCGCAGUCCAACCCUUUCUGUGUGGGAGGCCAGUCGGACCCUCGCUGACUGGAGCAGGAGCACGACCACAGCGUGUCGCCUGAGGUUCCCCGCGGGCCUCCGCAUCAGAGCCCGCACACUCUCCGCCUCCCAACCCUCCUCUGCGGACCUUCUUCCUCUUUGUUCUCGGGUCCACCGGACUGUUUGCUAUGUUCACGGCGGGGGGCGCCGCCGCAACAACGACGACGACCAGCCGCUACAGUGGCUUGUAUCCUCCUCCUUUCAGACUCCACCUGCACACGGCGAGGCGGCGCGCAGCGCGAUCAAUAAACACACACGCACACACA